AUGUGGAAGAACUCUCCUGAUUUUCAUGAUUCAAUUUCUACUGCUUGGAAUACUACUAUUACUGGUAGUAAAAUGUAUAUUGUGACUAGAAAACUGAAGAAAGUCAAAUCUGCUUUAAAAGAGCUCAACAGGGUGGGUUUUUCAGAUAUCCAGGCUGCUGAAUUGAGUGCAUACCAAGAUAUGUUGAAUGCACAAGAAGCAAUGCAUCACAAUCCUACUGAUCAGGUUUUAGCUGUUCAGGAACUGCUUGCCACUAAUGUGUACAGAGUUAAGCAUAAAGAUUACCUGGAAUUCUUGAAGCAAAAAGCUAAGGUUGACUGGAUUAAAUCUGGAGAUGAGAACACAACCCUGUUUCACCAGAGUAUCAAAAGUAGAAAUGUGCAUAAUCAAGUCUAUACUAUUCAUGACAUGAGUGGGGAGUGGAAGGAUGAUCCAGUGGCUGUGUCUGAUGCUUUUGUCUCUUAUUACAAAUCUCUCCUUUGCACCACUCAUGCUCAUAGGAAACCUGUGAUUCAACAAGUUGUUCAGAUUGGUCCUGUUUGUUCUGAAGAUCAUAAGACAAUCUUAAAUGCUCCAUUCACUGCUGAAGAAGUCAAGGUGGCAUUGUUCUCUAUCAAAGGUAAUAAGGCACCUUGGCUAGAUGGCUUUGGUUCCCACUUUUAUAGGGAUACAUGGCAAAUUGUGGGUUCUGAUAUCAUUGAUGUUGUUUUAGAUGUGUUGUAUUCUGGUAAACUUUUAAAAGAUGUAAAUCACACUGCCAUCACUGUUAUUCCUUAA